GCUGGGGGGGCGGCGAUGGCGGGGGGGCGGAGGGGGGGCGGCAAAAAGAGGGAGGAGGAGGAGGUGGUGGUGAAGGGGGGGGUGUCGGUGAAGAUGGCGCUGAGGCGGGCGUACUCCAUCAAGGACAAGCUGCGAGCCAUCGAGAGGGUGAAGAAGGGCGAGAGGCAGGCGGCGGUGUGCCGGGCUUUCGGGGUGCCGGGGGGGACGUUACGGGGCUGGUUGAAGGACGAAGGGAAACUGAGGUGGUUCCUGGAGCAGCUGGGGGGGGAGGUGGGCACCCAACGCAAGAAGAUGAGGUUGGCCAACGAAGAAGAGAUCGACCGAGCCGUCUACGCGUGGUUCCUCGCCUUACGGCGGCACGGCGUCCCUCUCUCCGGUCCUCUCAUCCAAGCCCAAGCCGAAGCCUUCGCCCGGCAGAUUUACGGCCCCGAGUGCACCUUCAAAGCCAGCCACGGUUGGUUUUGGCGGUGGCAGAAGCGCCACGGCAUCUCCAGCCAACGCAUCUACGGCGAGAACGAGCAGACGCCCACCGUUCCCCCCAAAACGCUACCAUCUUCAUUCCCAUUAUCACCAGUUGCCGAUACUGGGGGUUACGGGGACGAGCAGAUCUACAACGCCAACGUCACCGGGCUCUACUGGAAGCUGCUGCCCCAUCAACGCCCGGCUCCUCGCCACCGCGUCACCGUCCUGCUGGCCGCCAACUUGACCGGCGCCCAUAAAUUGAAGCCUUUGGUGGUUGGAGGCCUCCGCCAACCUCCCAGCCUCCGCCACCACAACCAGGACAAAUUCCCCGCUUGUUAUCGCUACGGUCCCGAAGCCAGGUUGGGACCUGCUCUACUCCGGGCUUGGUUUUUUGAGGAUUUCGUGCCAGGCGUCAAGCGGUACCUGCGGCGGAGCUGCUUGCAGCAGAAGGCGGUGUUGUUGCUCAGCUCCCCGCCACCGCUCAACGGGGGCGGCCACGAGGAGCUCCCCCAGCUGCAGACCCCCGACGGCUCCAUCCGUGCCCUAUUCCUCUCCAAGAACCCGGCUGGAGGAGGGGGUGGCUCGGCCGGAGGGGGUGGCCGAAUCCCGGCCCCGUUGGAGCAAGGGGUGGUGGCCGCCUUCAAGCAACUCUACAAGCGGGAGCUGCUUCGUUUGGCCGUCUCGUGCGGUGGUGGUGGUGGCCCUGUGGAUUUCGUGAGGUCCUUUCUCCUCAAGGACAUGCUCUACUUGGCCGGCCUCUCUUGGGACCUCAUCCCCCCCGGCGCCAUCGAGAAAUGUUGGCUGCUGGGGUUGCGCGCCGCCUUCGAGCCCCAGCCCGGCGAGGAAGAGCGCGGAGAUGGGGUGGAAGGGGAGGAAGGCGGCGGGGAUGGCGGGGACGGCAAAGUCUUCAGCGACCUGACCCACUUGGCCGCCUUGGCCUACAAGUGCUUGGCUCCCGAGGAGGUGGCCGACUGGCUGCACUUGGACGACGCGGCCCCGGGUGUCGGGGAGGACGACGGGGACGAGGACGGCGAGGAGGAAAGCUCCGGAGGCUGUAGGGUGGAGGAGGAAGAGGAGGAGGAGGAAGAAAUUGCCGGAGAUGGGGCUGGUGGAGGGGACAUGGGGGCCGGUGGGCUUGGGGAAGGGGGUCCCCCUUUGCUCCCCACGGCCCGGGAAGCCAUCAGAGGGUUGGAGACGGCGCUGCGCUGGCUGGAGGGCCAGGACCCGCGGCAAGUGGGGCCGCUGAAGCUGGUGCAGCUCCGUUCCCUCAUCAGCACGGCCCAGCGGCUUCACCGCGCCGGCAACCCCGAUCCUUAGGGCCGGGAUCCCUUCGCCUACCGCCCGCCUCGCCUCCCUGGGGACACCCGCGGGGUUGGGGACACCCCGUUUGUCCCAGCUCCCCUCCGUCGCGGGCAGUCGGGGUUCAGGAGGCUCAAGACGCCCGUGGGUUCCCGUGGCUGAAGAGGGGAGAGUCAUAUUUUAGGGCUAAUGGUUUUGGGGUUUUUUGUUUUGGUCGCAGAUUCCAUGGGGACAGGGUGGGCGGCGUCCCACGGGGAGAUGGGGUGACGGAGAGACCCACGAGGAGCCGGGACCGUGGAGGUAAAGGGGAUGGCAACGCCCUUCCCGCUGCCAAAAACGGUUUCCCGCGAAACCGGGGAGAUUUGGGGCUGCUUUAGGACAACUUUUGUCGUGCACUGGAUUGGGACGGGGACACGGGGACAGCUGCAGAUCCCCUGGUGAGGGUCGCUAGCACCAGGACCACAGGUGCCAUCAUCCCAGCGCCCUCCUAAAACCAAGUUUUGGGGUCCAGGCUCCUGUUUUGCCCUGUGUCUCGUGUGAGAUGGGAGCAGGAACAGCUCCCGGAGCUGUCGUGAAAUACCGGAGGCAUCGGAUGUGAAUUAAGCCGCUCGUUUCUCGACCUGAUUUGGAUAAAAUUUUAGCUUAAUUAGCCGAAUUGUUGGAAAAAAAAGGGGAAAAAAAUAAAAAUCGAGCUGACGUGCCCCGUGUCAGCAGGCGGGAUGGGUGUUUUUUUUUACGUGUCGGGUCUUUGUCUCAUGAUUUCAGAGUUUCUGGAGAUUAAAUGGAUUUUUAUUCCCGCU